UUGAACCACAUCGGUUGUUCGCUAGCAAAAAUAAAACCGGUAAUAUUUAGACAAUUUGUGUGUAUAUUAACCUCGGUGUUUUAAACACACCGUCUGCGAAUUUACUAGUUACUUUAAUAUUUACGUUGUCAGCUAGCUAGCUGUUUUAGUUAGCACUAGGAUAGUCUAACGUUCCCGACCAUGAGUUCACUAUCCUACACCCCACCUGCUAAAGAAGAGGAGGACUGCUGGACGGAGAAAGAAGCUCCCGUGAAAGAGGAGAAGGAAGAGGAGGCUAUCACGGUUAAAAAGGAAGUAGGGGGUGAGGCUGUUUCAGUGAAAGAGGCAGACGUUUCAGUGAAAGAGGAGGUGGAUGUUACUGUGGAAGAAGAGGAAGGCGCGUUCAGAGUGAAAGAAGAGGAGGAUCAGAUUACUGUCACAGUUAUAGAGGAGGAAGAAGAGAAUAAUGGAGAUCUGAUUAACACCAGAGAGAGACAAGACUCUCACUCUGACAGCGAAAAGUGUCUUUCAGAAGAACCAGAGACGUCCAAACCAGCAAGACGACGCCACUCUUCCCAGUGUGGAAAGAGUUUGACCAAGUUAGGGAGCCUUAAAAACCACGAGAUUACACACACAGGAGAAAAGUCCUACCAAUGUUCCCAGUGUGGAAAGAGUUUUACAAGGUUUUGGAACCUAAAAGAACAUGUGAGGACACACACAGGGGAAAAACCUCAUCACUGCUCCCAGUGUGGAAAGAGUUUUAUCCGGUUAAGCCACCUGAAAGAACACAAGAGAACGCACACAGGGGAGAAGUCUUAUUACUGCUCCCAAUGUGGAAAAGGUUUUAUCCAGUUAAGGAAAUUGAAAAUGCAUGAAAUGACGCAUACAGGGGAGAAGCCCUACCACUGCUCCCAGUGUGAAAAUAGAUAUGUUUCAUCAGGAGCCCUGAAGUCACAUAAGAGAACACACACAGGGGAGAAGCCAUACCUCUGUUCCCAGUGUGGCAAGAGUUUUAGCUGGCCAGGGCAACUGAAAGAGCACGAGAGGACACACACAGGAGUGAAGCCUUACUAUUGCUCCCUGUGUGGAAAGAGUUUUACCCAUUUAGGGAACUUAAAAAGGCAUAAAAGAUCACAUGCUGUAGAGAAGCCGUAUCAAUGCUCCCAGUGUGAAAACGUGUUUUUAUCACCAUGGGACCUGAAAAAACAUGAGAGAACCCACUCUGUAGAGAGGCCUUUCAAAUGCUCUCAGUGUGGAAAGAGAUUUAUCCAGCGUUGUCAUUUGAAGGCGCAUGAAAAAAUACACACAGGCGAAAAACCAUUGUGCUCUCAUUGUGGAAAGAGUUUUACCCAGUUAGGGAGCCUAAAAGAACACGAGAGGACACACACUGGAGAGAAGCCAUACCACUGUUCCCGGUGUGGAAAGAGUUUUACCCGGUUAUGGUGCCUGAAAGCACAUGAGAGAAUGAAGAAGCUGUGUUCUGACUUAAGUUUUUGACUGAAAAUUUUGUGUUUUUGUUCAUGUCACGUAAAAUCAACUUGGUUCGAUGAUAGAAUCCUUAGUUGCUGCCUACUUUUCUUAAACUUCUAAAUUAAUGAUACUCAUUGAUUCUUGAUGAACAUAACUUAUAAAAUGCCUCAUGAGCUUAGUUCAACUGUCAUACUCAGAUUCCAAAAUACCCGCUUGAUUUGCACCAAUGUUUUGUAAACAAUGUAAAUGUAAACACACAUUGUAUGAGCCUCAAAACAUAUUAUAGUUUAAACUAUAAUUUUGGGUCAAACUAAAGAUUCUAGCUUUAAAGGUCCAAUGCAGCCUGUUUUUAAAAACAUCUCGAUAUCAAAUCAUUUCUGGGUAAUAUUUAGGUCCCUUACUGUAAAAUUUAGGUACCUUACUGUAAUAUUUAGGUACCUUACUGUAAUAUUUAGGGACCUUACUGUAAUAUUUAGGUCCCUUACUGUAAUAUGUAAGUCCCUUACUGUAAUAUUUAGGUCCCUUACUGUAAUAUUUAGGUACCUUACUGUAAUAUUUAGGUACCUUACUGUAAUAUUUAGGUACUUACUGUAAUAUUUAGGUACCUUACUGUAAUGUUUUUCAAUUUCAAAUGGUCAAAACCAAAAUAACUUCUUAGCAAAGAGCAAUUUCUCAAUUGCAAGAAUUGUGAUGGUACUGAGUGGGGAGGGAACAACUGAACUAGCUCUUAUUGACAGAGAGGUUUUUCAUAUUGAUUUGAUAACUAAUUUCCUGCCUGAUGAUGAUAUCAAGAACGCCAACGUGUCAUCCUUCCAAAACAGGCUGAAAUUUCAGGCGGUCUUUUGAAACAGCUCUUACACUGAAAGGACAUGAUCAUCAUUUCCACAGUAUUAUUCCAACCUCAGUGUGGACAUAUUUAUAAACACACACGUUUCUGACUCUGCACUGGGCCUUUUAAAAACGCCUUUUCAACAAUACAUGUGUUAAGUCUUUUUUAUCUAAAGACAUGAAUUGAAAAACUGAAGUAUGGCAGUUUUAAUAGCGAGCGCGACAGUUUCAAUUUGUACACUCUCUGUGAUUCAAUGGUCCUUUACAAACUCUGGCUCUUCUAUGGGUUUGUCUGUGUGACAGUUUCAAUUUGUACGCUCUCUGUGAUUCAAUGUUCCUUUACAAACUCUGGCUCUUCUAUGGGUUUGUCUGUGUGACAGUUUCAAUUUGUACGCUCUCUGUGAUUCAAUGUUCCUUUACAAACUCUGGCUCUUCUAUGGGUUUGUCUGUGUGACAGUUUCAAUUUGUACGUUCUCUGUGAUUAAAUGGUCCUUUACAAACUCUGGCUCUUCUAUGGGUUUGUCUGUGUGACAGUUUCAAUUUGUACGCUCUCUGUGAUUAAAUGGUCCUUUACAAACUCUGGCUCUUCUAUGGGUUUGUCUGUGUGACAGUUUCAAUUUGUACGCUCUCUGUGAUUCAAUGGUCCUUUACAAACUCUGGCUCUUCUAUGGGUUUGUCUGUGUGACAGUUUCAAUUUGUACGCUCUCUGUGAUUCAAUGGUCCUUUACAAACUCUGGCUCUUCUAUGGGUUUGUCUGUGUGACAGUUUCAAUUUGUACGUUCUCUGUGAUUAAAUGGUCCUUUACAAACUCUGGCUCUUCUAUGGGUUUGUCUGUGUGACAGUUUCAAUUUGUACGCUCUCUGUGAUUAAAUGGUCCUUUACAAACUCUGGCUCUUCUAUGGGUUUGUCUGUGUGACAGUUUCAAUUUGUACGCUCUCUGUGAUUAAAUGGUCCUUUACAAACUCUGGCUCUUCUAUGGGUUUGUCUGUGUGACAGUUUCAAUUUGUACUCUCUCUGUGAUUCAAUGGUCCUUUACAAACUCUGGCUCUGGCUGUUCUAUGUGUGUGUCUGUGUGACUGAGUGGACCUCCUUCUUCAAGCACUACAAAUCAUCUAUUGUUUACAUUUGAGUUGCAUAUGUAUCUUACAGAGUGUGGCUUUAAGGGAAUAUUUGGUCACAUCUACAUGUAAAUUAAAAAAUUUAAAAAAUCCCUAUUCUAACAGUAUUUAUUCAUAAUGUACAUGUUAAUAUUGAGAGGGGUGUACUGCAAGGCAGGAUCAAUAAGGACUAGCCAUCUUAACUUUUAUAAAGAACCAGACAUAACUAUGACAUUUCUGGCUCAUUAGGAAAUCUAAACUUGGUUAUUGAGUCAAUC